GCUUCUGCUUCCCUUCCUCCCCCGACCCUCUGCACUCGACGAGUCCCCCCAACUACCGCCACCCAUUUUCCGGCCGGAAAUCCGGCAAAGCUUGGGGAUUUCUCCCUAUUUUCUUGUCUUAGAACACUUGUUGAAUCCAGAAAAUCCCAGAUCUGCGUCUUCCUCCCUCUGCUGUCCGUCGGCUUCAACUUGUGGGUUUUGAUCGUUCUGUCACCAUAGCACUUGGGUUAGCCUUCUGUUCUAUGCGAGUGAGGUAAGUAAAUUAUGGUAAAGCCCUUCGAUUUUAAAGCAUGUUUUCAAUUGUUUUUGAGAUGGUGGCAAGCUUUAAAUUGAUUUUAUCGGCAUUUGAGUGUGAUUAAAUUGGAAUGCAAAUUGUGAUGGGUUUUAUGGGAAAUUCAUUGUUUUUCUGAAAUUGAGCAUAAUUGGAAUGAAAAUGAGGAUUUUAUUGAUUUUCUGGAAUUGAGCAUGAUUGAAAUGAAAAUGAGAGUUUCAUUGUUUUUCGGGAGUUGAGCAUGCCUAUUUGGAAAUUGACUGAACUGUUUUGAUGAACUGAGAGUUUGCAAAUUCUGAGUUUUCUAUUAAAUCCAUUGUCACAUGGAAAUUUUUCGAUUUAUUUCUGAGAUUUGAGAUUGAUUGUGAAUUAUGAAUUUUUCUGAAAAUCCUGCAUGGUUUUGUCUCGGAUAUAGUCAUGAUUACUGACGCCUGCCAGUGGGAGUUUGUUAAACACUGGUACUUCUGUAACCCUGCCAAUGGGGUUAAACACUGGUACUUCUGUAACCCUGCCAAUGGGGUUAAACACUGGUACUAUUACUGACGCCUGCCAGUGGGAGUGUGUUAAACACUGGUACCAUUACUGACGCUUGCUAGUGGGAGUGUGUUAAACACUGGUACCAUUACUGACGCCUGCCAGUGGGAGUUUGUUAAACACUGGCCAUGACUUAUAGAUGAGACUACUGAGGAGUUUUAUUCUGUACGGUUUUGUCUUUGAGUGUUUUGCUAUUAAACUGAAUUUGAUUUC